CUGAACACUCUGCUCUGUUUCGUCUCUCUCUCUCUCUCCCUCUCUUUGCAUUCUCCGUUUAUCUUUCUGUGUCUGGUCGAGUUCGGCUAUCAAGAUUCCGAGACCCCAUUGGUUUUCUCGCCUCCGCUCGCGACAGGAAGAGAGAAAGGAGGCAUCUUUCGCUUCGGCAGAGUCUCGGCCGUGGAGGGUCGGUCGGUUGGAGUUGAAGGAGGGGGAUUGCCAUGGCUCUGCACCUGAGCAGCGCCGCGCCGGCGUGCUUCGCCGCCGCCGACCGCGCGAGGAGCCGCAAGGUGAGGGCCGUCGCGCCGGGGGACUUCGCCACCUUGAAGGCGGCGGAGGAGGAGGGGGAGGAGAAGGUGAAACUGGGGGGUUCCGAUCUGAAGGUGACGAGGCUCGGGAUCGGGGCCUGGUCUUGGGGGGACACCAGCUACUGGAACAACUUCCAAUGGGAUGAUAGGAAGAUGAAGGCUGCAAAGGGCGCUUUUGACAGCAGUAUUGAUAGUGGAAUAACCCUGUUUGAUACUGCUGAGGUUUAUGGGUCGAGGAUGUCAUUUGGUGCUAUAAACUCAGAAACUCUACUGGGCAGAUUCAUAAAGGAAAGGAAAGAAAAGGAUCCAGAAACUGAGGUUGCUGUUGCGACGAAGUUUGCAGCAUUGCCAUGGAGACUGGGCCGUCAGAGUGUCAUUACUGCCCUCAAAGAUUCUCUUUGUCGCCUAGGACUUGAUUCAGUGGACCUAUACCAAUUGCACUGGCCGGGAGUAUGGGGAAAUGAAGGGUACAUUGAUGGUCUUGGAGAUGCAGUUGAGCAAGGUCUUGUGAAAGCAGUUGGAGUUUCCAACUACAGCGAAAGGAGACUUCGUGAUGCCUAUGAGAAGCUUAAGCAGAGAGGGAUACCACUAGCUUCAAACCAAGUAAACUACAGCCUUAUAUACAGAUCACCUGAGGAGAAUGGUGUGAAGGCUACCAGCGAUGAACUUGGGAUCACUUUGAUUGCAUAUUCACCAAUAGCUCAAGGUGCUCUUACUGGAAAAUAUACCCCAGAAAAUCCACCAAGUGGCCCCCGUGGUCAGAUCUACACCCCUGACUUUCUCACUAGGCUACAACCUUUGCUGAAUAGAAUAAAUGAAAUAGGAGACAGCUACAAGAAAACCCCAACACAGGUUGUCCUGAAUUGGCUCAUAGCACAAGGUAACGUAGUCCCCAUUCCCGGAGCCAAAAAUGCUGAACAGGCAAGUGAAUUCGGGGGUGCACUUGGGUGGAGACUCACUGGUGAAGAGGUCGAUGAGCUGCGGUCACUGGCCUCAGACAUAAGACCUGUUGUAGGCUUCCCGGUUGAGAACUUGUGAAGCCGGUGUCAUUUACUGUGAGUCCCUGCCAUUAUAUAACUACAGAUUUCUCAUUACCAAUCGAUAUCAAAAUACCGGUAUAGUAAUUUACUGCAAGUCCCCAGCAAUCAGAAGUGGGCGUUAUGAUCCUGAGGAAGCAAAGAGGCGGUCUCUUUCAUCACAUCUUUUGACAUAGGAAGUCAUUGGAAAAUUCUCUGUUCACGAACAUUACAAUAUAAAAUUCCUUGAAAGGGCAUCAAUAUGGCAUUGCUAUCUUACUGAAAA